GAAUUCCAGAGUAUUGAAGAGCACCAUGGCUACCAGUAAACUUGAUGCUGGCAGGGAAGUGAAGGAAGAACACAAACCAAAAGUCGAAGUAAAGCUAACCCGAACCCAAAUACUGAGACAAAAAAUGACACACAAGUCCACCACUGCCAGUACAGAAAGUGAAGGCAAAAACAAAAUGGCUGUCAGUUCAGCCACCGGAAACAAAAGCAAAAUGACUGUUUUAGAAACUACAAAAAUUCAAAGAAAAUCAAAAUCAGCCACUCUGUUGAGUUCAGAUGUCAAAGAAUCUGAGCACACAAGGAAUGAUGAACACCACGUUAAAGAAAGCGAGAAAGGCGACACUUCAGGAAAUAACAAACGAAAAACCACCAAAACAGUUACCAUAAGAGAUUCGUUAUCUCCUCGCAUAAAACGCAGGGAACUUAGUUCUUCUUUCAAGAGUUCCCCAGUUCUUAGUCCUCGUGCUAGUGCUAAACCUGUGCACAAAUCCCACAGUCACGAUGCUAUCCACACAACCGUAGACGAUGUCCACUUCACACGACAGGCCAAAUCUGGGACAGUGUCUUCUAUGGCACAUCUCUCCGAUUCUAGAAGUUCUAUAGCGUCAGAUGUUUCCAUGGAUUCUGUUGGUUCUGAGUCCACCAGGCAUGGUUUAUUCAAGUCCAUAUGUGUACCAGCACAGAUCGUCACCGAUCGGCUCUACACGCCGACGAACAUCAGCGAGAAGAGGGAGUUUUUGAAGAGAAAAAAGUGGCUUUUACCAGACCCACAGCACCGACCUCGUAAGAAUCGUCAGGCUUUUAGCAAAAAGACUCCAGAGAAAGACAUCAACCUGGUCAAAGCGUCAAGCACGGACGAUAUUCGCGAUUCCUUCCAUGGAAAAGCUUUAAGCACAGAAGACGUCCCUGAUGCCUGCUGUGAAACCUUAAGUGCUGCCGACAUCUCCGAUGUGUGUUACGAGUACGACUGGUUAAACCGAUCGGCUCGUUCCGAUACAGACCUAACCACCACUCGGUCUCUGGAGAAGAAGAGUCUGGCCAGAAAAAACAGAAGACACUCCGAUCCUCUAGGCUACAAGAUCGACCCGCUCGUUGUAGAUUACGACCAAGUCAUUGACGAUGGUUUCAGCAGGAAUGGAGUGUUCUUUCUCAGAGAAUAUUUCCGUCAAGAUCUCGACUGGUUGACCAUACAUAUUGACUCGUACCUCUCCCGCAGAAACUUGCUGCCUGCUUACCCAGCCGCCACUAACGAGGAAUGGUAUCUGACAGAAACGCGUGCAGUAGUUUCCAAACCAACAGAGCAGGAGGAUGUUUCCAAAAUAAGAGAACAGGAGGAUUUAACCGACGUGUCAGCGGUCGCUGAUGAAACAAAAGUUGUGGUAGAUUCAGUUAACAGUGUCGCUAAUGUCGGCGGCAGCCACGGCGUCGUGCAAGUGUCAACAGAUGUGAUAGAAACAGAGGAGAUUGAGACGUUGGAAAAUCUUCCCCAGAUGUCGGACGCCUGGACAGAAACAUGGCCGCAAAUAAUAAUGUGUGACGUGGCCACGAUGACCGUUCGUGCACAAAUGUGCAGCAGGACGACGUCAACCGAACCCAUGUACUGCGACCAGCAGACGUCCACUGACGACAUUGGGAGCCUGAGAAUAAAGUGUGAACAGGGGACGUCCACGGCAGACAUAUUCGAUGGCGCGAACAGCGAGUCGCCAACUCCAAUAGCUUCCCCUAUCGAUACCGACGUGGAAUCGUCGUCUGCUUAUGGUUCUUACGAGUCGGGCAAUCUGAGGAAACAGCUGCACGACAGAGGGUCAAUGCCCAUGGGUAAAUCUGAAGGUUUCUCGCAGACAGAUUCAGAAUUUGGUUUAAAACUCCAGGAUGAUGGUUCCGGGACGACUGUGAAGACGAAGGCUGGACUAACGGAAGAGGACACGACCAGGAUCCAGUCAGAACUGAACAGACUUGCCAGAGAGAGAAUAGAAAUAAUCGAACUAUUUGCUUUAAACGUUGGCAGUCUGACUCCAACAUUUACUGAAGAACUUCUGGAAUCCAAGUUGAAUUACUCUAUCGGGCAAACCGAUCAGUUGUUGGCACUACUGGAGAAUGCGUGGGAUUUUGAAGACGUUGCAACCUCCACACCGAGAGGUAGCGUGUGCAUGAUAACUCAGGAAAUUAUCCAGCAGAGUCGAACUGAGUUAGAACACUCCAAGAAGGUGAUCAGGUUGUGCAUAGAUGAAGUGAGAGAGAUCAACAGGGGUGGUUCAAGACACAGUAACUUCCACGAGGAAAUAAAGAGAAUGAAAAGAAGGGCAGAAAUCGAAGCCUUUAAGCUAGAACGAAUGUGGGAACAGCUAUUGUAUGAACGAACGAAGAAAAGAAAACCCGUGUCUGAAUUAGCCGAUCAGACACAGUGUCAAAAUAUCGAGCAUAGUUAUACUUGUGCAGACCCAGCAUAUUCGACAUUCGAACAGCAUGCCAGUUACCUGUCAAACCUGAGAAAUCGGAGCAUGUUAGCAACCUCUCAAGAAGACAUCCACAGAGCAAACACCUCGAGUACAAUGGAAAUGCAACGCGACGUCCGGAACGACAGUGUUGACAGUUAUCUUGGUAUGCCUGGUUACUUAACGCCACAUGAACACCAGGAUCAUCUGAUGGAACUGAGACGAUUGCUUAUUACAGAACAUGACCGUCCACCAGGGACAUCCAGAUCCAAGUCCAUGUCCCCGACUAGACCAGUGGCAGGAGUUAACGACACUUACAACCACAGACUGUGUUCUUCCAGUUCAAGAUUAACGAACGUGUCUUCUGCUGGAUACCCAGGCAUUGUGACGUCCACGACACGAUUCGGUCAUGUCUAUCCUUCAAACCCAGCCUACAGCUCAUAUUCGAGCAGAUCAAGCAAGAUACAACCUGCUUCUGACAGAUACAGGUCGACCAGUCAGACGUCUCGCUCCACGCUCUACUCGACUCCUUGGAGCACACACAGAGACCCAGUCCCGACGACGUCAUCGUAUGACAAGUACAAGCUGUACACUGGAAAAUACCAAACAACCAUCACGUGAUUUGUGAAAUGACGCCAUUGUAUGACAAGUAGAGUACAGUCACGGUACAUUGGAAAAUAUCAAACAAACACCAUCACGUGGUUUUUGAAAUGACGUCGUCCUAUGAAAGUACAAUGCGUACAUUGGAAUAUAUCAAAGAACCAUCACUACAUUUGUGAAAUGUUCAGCACAAGCUUUGUCACUUUAAAUUAAUAAAAUAAUUUGACAUUAUAACGUGUGGUUUGCAUUGACUAAUCAUACAGCUGGAACCAAAACAUUAUACUAUGGACGUUUAUGCAGUAGAAUGCUGUAUAUUUGGCAUACUGUACAUUUACUCAACUGUAAAUAGCAAUGUAGUAUACAUAUUAAUGGGAUUUCUACAAGCCAUUGUUCUAGCUGCAUAUUGUAGUAUGUAUAUAAACUAAUUGUAAAUAUUUAUAAUGUGGAAAAAAUAACUGCACCUAAAAUCACAACGCCGAGAGAUCAUUUGCUAGACAUCAUUAUUGUGAUGCAAACAACACAGAAACUAUUUAUUUAUUUAUUUAUUUAUUGUUUGUUUGUUUGUUAUGUUACAUUUUUCAAUUGCAUGUAUAUUAUUGGUUGUAUUGUAGUGUUGUUCUAUAUUGAGUUUAUGAGAUUCUGAAUAUCAUGCUUGACACAGAGUAUAAACACAGCGUUUGAAGACAGUUACAUGCCACCCUGACCCUAAUUUAGCACUAUGGUACCAUUCUAUACAUGAUUUUCUUCAUAUUUAAACAUACAGGGCCGCGAAAACUGGUUGUAAUGGCUCCCUUACUUUUACCUGUCUUUGUGCCCAGAAGACUGAAAAUGGCAUAUAUGAACAUCUGAAAUGCUAAAUUUUAUCAGGAUACACAUCAGGCCAUUACA